AUGGACGGGCGGGCGGUGCUGAUCCACGCGCUGCUGGCGGCGGUGUGCUCGGCGGCGGCGGGCGGGCUGGGCCGGGACGAGCUGCACAACGAGGUGCUGCACAAGGGCGGCAGCGGCGCGCCGCUCCCGGCCACGGCCCCGCUGCUCGGCGGUAGCCCGGAGAAGGAGGGCGGUGGAGCGGCCUCGGGGGACGACCUCAGCGAGUUACCGAGAGUUGCUUUCCUGUCAAAGCCUCAAGGCUUGGUUACUCCCAAGAAAAAAGGGAAUGGGAAUAAAAGAAGAAAAGGCAAAGGCCUGGGGAAGAAAAGAGACCCGUGCCUGCGGAAGUACAAGGAUUUCUGUAUUCACGGCGAAUGCAAAUACAUCCGAGAGCUGGGAGCUCCCUCCUGCAUAUGCCAGCCGGGAUAUCAUGGAGAGAGAUGUCACGGCCUCUUGCUGCCUGUGGAGCACCCCCCCAGCGCAUACGACCACACCACAGCACUGGCUGUGGUCGCUGUCGUCCUGUCCUCCCUGUGUCUUGUCAUCAUCGCAGCCCUGCUGAUGCUCAGGUGUCACAAGAGGGGUGUUUACGAUGUAGAAAAUGAAGAGAAAAUCAAGCUGGGCAUCACUGUGAAUCACUGAGGAUGCCGGGUGCUGGCGAGGGGUCGGCACUAACGCACUUCUACCUCCUGGAAGAGGCGAGAGCCGCGGAGCCAGCGCUGUCCCUGGGAGCCUGCAGCAUGGCAGGAACCCGCUGGAGCAGCAGGAUAGCACCAGCUUCGGGGCUGGUCAGGCAGCAGCAUCACUGCAGGGGAGCUUCAUGGCCAUCUCUGGGACAGAGCGGGCUCUGGAGAGGCACUCACCGGCCGGGUGGCUGCACGGAGGCAGGAGGGACUGGCCAGCCGGCGGCA